ACCACAUAUAUGACAGCAUAUAUGACUGCAUACAUACCUUUACUUAGCUAGUCGUUCGUGACUACACCGUGGAUCUGCACGUUUCCUAUGACUCUCGUUGCUCUGACUGGUUCAAAGGUUGUAAUGGCAUCCUCCAAUGAUGAGUUUGAACACGUGAAAGCAGUUGUCUUGUCAUGUCAUGAGGUCACAUCUGCAGAGGAAAAGAUAAAAAUUUAUGACACUUGGGCCAAGAACUUCGACCAGGAUGUGUCAGUGUUGGAGUACACUGCACCAGAUUUUGCUGCCAAAACUGUCUCCUCUCAUUUCACUGGGGACCGAAACACAGCAAUGGUGUUAGAUGUGGCUUGUGGUACAGGACUGGUGGCCAAACAGCUGCAGAGUCAUGGAUUUGGUAAUUUUGUGGGCAUCGAUGGCAGUAGGGCCAUGCUGGAAAUGGCUAAGAACACCACGUUGUACCAGGACCUGAAGCUGUGCAUGCUGGGAAGUCAACCUUUACCUUUUGAGCAUGGUGUAUUUGAUGUUGUUGUGAUAGUUGGAGCACUCAGUGAUGGGAAUGUUCCUGCUAAAGUGGUCAGAGAGUUGUGUAUGGUGACCAAACCAGGAGGCUACACCUGUAUGACAACUAGAAGCAAUAAAGACAAUCUUGUGUACAAGGCUAGUUUGGAGCAGGAGCUGGGGACUCUCGAGGAGCAGGGUUUGUGGAGGCGUGUCCAAGUGCUGUCUGUGGACCAGUGGGAGCGCGCCGUGUCCCAUCACGAAGAGGGCUACAUUCCUGGAGUCGUCUACCUCUAUCAGAGACUAUAAAGAACAGUUAGAGUAAUAUACUACAUUGUUUAAGAGACAUCAUGUUCAUAUAAGAUGCAGGUUAGAGUUGUGGGCUGCUGUGUCCAUGGGAUGGUAGCACAAUGUCUGUUUAUCUUAAUAACAUAUCAAAUAUCAUAAAAUCCAAUGGUCCAGAAUUCAGCAGCCUCUAUCAUCACCAGAAUACCCCUCCUUCCAUCACAUCAUCCCUGUCCUUCAGCACCUGCACUGGCUCUCUAUUCAGGGCUUAAAUGCUUUCAAGGCCAUUCACAAUCUUGCUCCUCCUUACCUCUCCAAUUUGCUCCACACCUCCAUCUACUCUUGCUCCCUCCACACCUCCUCUUUAGCUCUUUUUCCCUUGCCCACCUUGUCACCAUGGGGGGCAGAGCUUUCAGCUGCUCUGCUUCUCAUCCCUGGAAUCACUGAAGUAUAAUAAGAUCUUAUUAUGGAUCCAUCCCUCGAACUCCCUUCCACCUAACCUCUGCAACACUGACUCUCUUCACCAGUCAUUUCCAACUUUUUUUUGUCUUCAAUACCCACUAAGCGUGGUGCCACACUAUUAAUGGUACCAGUGUUUCUUUAGCAAAAAUAAAUCUGUUAGUACAUCGCCAAUUAUUACUACUGUAUUUUCUUGUUUUAUAAAAAAAAAAAUUUACCAACAUUAUCCAACAAAAAUAUUCCUAAGGAUGCAGAAAGAAUAUUUUACAUUUAAAUGCCAUUCAUUGCCACCUUUCCUAUAUACCUGGUUGGGAAACACUGCGCUAUACAACCCACUCCAAAUGGUUUAAUUCCCUCAAAGUAUUCCCUGUGAAAGGUCUUUUGUCAUAUUUGCUGCUCCAUAUGGUGUAAAAAGGCUGUUACAUUUCAUAUGUCCAUACCUAGCUAUGUGUUACCUUUUGUGUUUUUAGGUCUUUCAAGCCUUUGUAAAGUGCCCUUGAGUGUGCUGGUGUUGUUAAAUAAAGUGAUUUCAUAUGUCCA